AUGACCGAAAAACUUGCAAGAAAAGCUGUCGAGGAUCUACUUAGAUAUCGAGCCUCACUUCAAAGAUCUCGCGAUUCUUCCUCUUUUUAUACAGCCUCUUUUAAUGAUAUAAAGAUACCCUUGUCGAAUGGCGCCAAAAUUAUCGAUAAAGAGAGCGGGAAAAAUACAAAACUUUCGCCAACAAAACGUGGACUCAAAAAAAUAAAAAUUCAAGUAAGAAAUAAACAAGCUCUUGGGGUUAUGGAACAGAAGAAAAAAGAAAAUCCACUAGAUAAAAUAAGAAAAGAGCAAGAGGAGCGAAAGUUAAAUUUAAGUAGCAAUAAGAAAUAUUUUAAGACUCAAAAAAUGGAAACUAAGGAGAAAGAAUUAAAGAAAAAGAUUCUUAAUUUACAAAAGAAAAAACAAAUCAAAUGA